UGAACUCUGUUUAUUAUGUCAUGUCAUUUGUGUUGCAAUCUGUGCACAUAUUUAUAUAUUUCUAUGGUAAUAUUUUUCUGUUUCGGUAAGCGAACGUGUAUCGAUAACCUAUUUCAAUAGCUGUGACAAUGGAGAACUACGAGCAGAGUUAUAAUGAUUACGGUUAUGAUGAAUAUGGGGCCCAUACUGGUGAUCCCAAUCUGGACAAUGAAUACAAUAAGCAGUUAUAUAAGAUGCCUGAAUAUGUCAGUAAUUUUUUGGGUUAUUUCAAGAAUUGUGUGAAGGAAGGAAUGGUUUUCGAAUUACAAACUCUUUAUGAAUCAACAUGGCCUAAACUGACAGAAGAUUAUUUCGAGAAAAGGCCAUGGCCAGAAGAGUCUGAAGUCGCUACCUUAGUUGGUACCGAUCCAGUCUUCAUGAUAUUGUACAAAGAAUUGUAUUUUCGCCACAUUUAUGCUAGAAUACAGGGUGGACCGACACUUGAACAGAGGUUCAAUUCUUUUUAUAAUUACUGCGAUCUUUUCAAUUAUAUCUUGAGCGCUGAAGAGCCUGUUCCUUUGGAGUUACCCGAUUUAUGGUUAUGGGAAUUGAUUGACGAAUUUGUUUAUCAGUUUCAAUCCUUCGCUCAAUAUAGAGCACGUUUACAAAAGAAAACUCCUCAAGAAUUAGAAACUCUCAAUUCCAACAACAAAGUUUGGAAUGUGCUAUGCGUUUUGAAUGUUUUGCAUUCACUUGUUGAUAAGAGUAAUAUUAAAGAGCAAUUAGAGGUGUAUGCCAGUGGAGGUGAUCCAGAUUCGGUUUCUGGUGAAUUUGGAAGUCAUUCUUUGUACAAAAUGUUGGGUUAUUUCUCUUUAGUGGGCUUAUUGCGUCUUCAUUCUUUGUUAGGAGAUUACUACCAAGCUAUUAAGGUAUUGGAAAACAUUGAGGUCCAUAAAAAAUCUCAAUAUGCUCAUAUUCCUGCUUGUCAAAUUUCCACAUCUUAUUAUGUUGGAUUUGCUUAUAUGAUGAUGAGAAGAUAUUCUGAUGCCAUUAGAACUUUUUCAUCAAUUUUGCUUUACAUUCAAAGAACAAAGCAACUUUUUGCAUCAAAAAGCUACCAGCAUGAGCAAAUUAAUAAACAAACAGAUCAAAUGUAUCAUCUAUUAGCCAUUUGCUUGGUACUUCAUCCCCAAUGCAUUGAUGAAUCGAUUCAACAAACCCUCAGGGAGAAAAGUUAUCAUGAAAAAAUGUACAAAAUGCAAUAUGGUGAUUUACAAGAAUUUGAGAAUUGCUUUGUACUUGCAUGUCCAAAAUUCUUAUCACCUUGUCCUCCUUCAGUAGAUUUUCCACCAGAUGAUUAUUCUAAAGAAGCUAUAAGACAUCAAACAGCAAUGUUUAUGGAAGAAGUACAGCAACAAAAAAUGUUACCCACUAUAAGGAGUUACUUGAAACUGUACACCACUCUACCCUUGAGUAAAUUAGCCAAUUUCAUAGCUCAAAAUAAUAGGAAUAAUGAUGGAAAAUGGGACUUGAAGAAGGAAAUGCAAUCGCUCAUUAUUCAUUUGCUAUGUUUCAAGCAUAAAAUGAAGAAUGUGGUUUGGUCCAAAGGUGCUUCAGGACUGGAAGGCAAAUUUCAAUCAGGAUCUGAGUUGGACUUCUAUAUUGAUAAUGAUAUGAUACAUAUUGCUGAUACAAAGGUGGCGCAUCGGUACGGUGAUUUCUUCAUCAGAAAGAUUUUGAAAUUUGAAGAACUCAAUAGGAAAUUGCAUCACAUCAAAAUAUAAUAAUUAUCUCCUGAAAAAUACUGUAUCAGUAAUCAUUCAAUCAUUGAAAUAUUUACCCAAUAAAUAAUUUUCAUAUUCA